UCCGGUGCCGGAGUGACUCGUUGCUGAAGAACGGCUCAGUUGGUCUUUGUUGCCUUCAGCUGAAUUUGCUUUUCGUAGAAAAAAAACGUAUUUUAACGGAUUAUUAUCGUUCUUUGUUCAUAUUAAUAACGUAAGUCCCCGUAAAGAUGGAUGAAAGAAGUUACGGAUCUUUGCCUCAUGUGCCCUCGGAUUAUGUUCAGCACUGGGUUCAGUCAGCACAGCAGCAUCUCCAAGCCCUCCAUGCACAAUAUUCUCAUAUGGCUAACGGUAAUGUUGCACACUUCAUGGAAGGACACGGAGAAGAACCUGGAAUGAUGGAAAUGCCUGUUCAGAUGCCGCAUUCUGCAGCCCCGGAGCCUGGCCCUCCCCAGAAAGCACCCACUAAAGGAAAGCGGGGCAGACCUGCAAGCAAAGAGCCUAAAGCAAAACCAGGCCCCAAGCCGAAGAAGGCCAAGGCGGAAAAAGAGGGCCAACCAGCUGAAGGAGCCCAGGAGAAGAUUGAUGAGUCCUUCAAGAAAGUUAAAAGGAAAAUCGAUCGCUUCAAGGGCAUGUCUGAGGAGGAAGUCAUGAAAAGGACUCUGCCAGACAUCCUUACAGAUAACCUGGACUAUGUCAUUGUUGGAAUCAAUCCAGGUCUGAUGGCUGCCUACAUUGGACGAUGGUUCCCUGGACCCGGAAACCAUUUUUGGAAGUGCCUGUUCCUAUCCGGAUUCACUGACCAGCUGCUGAACCACAUGCACGACCAGUCUCUCCCUGAGAAAUACGGCAUCGGCUUCACUAACAUGGUGGCGAGAGCAACACCGGGAAGCAAAGAUCUCUCAAGUAAAGAGCUUCGAGAAGGUGGCAAGAUUUUAGUGGAGAAGAUUAAAAAGUUCAAACCUCUCAUAGUUGUUUUCAAUGGGAAAUGUAUAUAUGAAAUGUUCUGUAGAGAGAUAUUUGGCAAAAAGCCCAAAUCUCUGGAAUUUGGCGUACAGCCCCUCAAGAUUCCUGACUCAGACACGGCGCUGUAUCUGAUGCCCUCCUCAAGUGCCCGCUGUGCCCAGUUCCCUCGAGCUCAGGACAAAGUGCACUUCUACAUCAAACUCCGAGAACUCCGAGACCAACUGAAGGGCGUGGCCAAACCCAAGGAAGUCGAGGAAAUCAAUUACUCAUUCGAUCUCGGCUUGGCUAAAGAGGACGCUAAGAGAAUGGCCAUUAAGGAGGAGAAUUAUGAUCCUGGCUAUGAGGCUGCAUAUGGAGGUGCAUACGGGGAACCAGGAACCGAGGAAGCCAACGGCCACUGUGCCUUUGCUUCUGGAGAAGCAGAAGCAGCAGCAAAGGAGCCCAGGAAUCAGAAUGCAGUGGGGCAGAUUCCAGAUGGAAAGUGGAUGACUAACUCCUUCGCCGAUCAGAUUCCCGAGAUCGGCAGCUCGUCACAAGCCCAGGCAGAGGCUGUAUGAGCCGGACUUUCGUCUCAGUAAGGAACUUGACUCCUGUGUUCAUCCACAGAUCUUGUGCAGUGCCUCUCACCAGCUUCUCCCGGUUCAGGAGCAAUCUCAAUCCGUGCACUGACUUUUUAGCUUGUUGAUUUGUUUAAAAUCUGUUACAUUCAACCAGUAAUAAGACCGUUUUAUUUGCUGUGUGUGUAAGUCACUCGGCAACGAAUACAGGGCGGUGAGUAUUAUUCGAAGCAAAGACGGCUACUUCAGCAACUCGCACAAGUCACCUGCUGCUCUCAAUAACUCUAAACUGUAACCUCAGUUCUUCAACUGAAGACUCAUAUCAUGAAAUGCUCUUCAUCUCAGAAGAGAUGCAUCCAAAUUCUUUUUUUCAUUUCUUUGCCAUGAAUUUGAAGUAGAACAUUUUAGAAAGUAGUAUUUCUAUGAAACUAAGCUUGUUUUUAUUUUUUUAUUUUUGUUUUUAUUUCCCCCCCAUAUAUACUGUGUCCAAAACAUAUUUGUUUUUGCUUAGUGUAUAAGCACUGAUGCAAUUUUUUAUGUAAUAUCAGGGACUGAUACUUGACUUAUACGAUUGAACAGUAUGUAGUUUAAUUUGGUUAAAUAUUAAAAAAAAAAAAAAAAGCUUGUUUUUUGAUGUGAAAAAAUAUCUGCAGACUUUUCUAUGCCUGGAAGCCAUUUACAUACCGUAGGUCAGCAUGGAAUACUAAGGAUUAUGAAUCUCUCCAUUUUAUAUAAAAUGAUGGUGUAAUAGGACAAGUUAGCAUAGGUGAAAUGAUUUAAAUCUCUUGUAAUAAAAGCCAAGACACCACCGUUAAUCCCUCAAGGUGUGUUUCUAGAAGAGCUUACAGAUACAAUCAUGUGACUGCUGGUGGUGUUUAUUGGUAUUUGUGGAGUAGUUUUCUCUUGUGACAUGAAUUUACAAAGACAACACGGUCAUGCCGCCUUCUCAAGUACUGUAACACACCAUUUUUAUGACGCAUGGUACUGUGUGAAAUUUGAAAAGCUUUGAUUUACUGUGCUUUUACUGUUUAUAUAAAACCCUCUUGGUGCUAUUUUGUUGCUCUUAUUGUACACAUGAUUACAUUUCUCCUCUAUUAAAAUUUUAUCGUGCUCAACUUA